CAUCGUUUUAUCUUUUACCUGUUGUAUUAGAUGGAGAUACUGUCCUCAGAUUCAAAGAGAUGUCGGAUGUGUUUCCGAGCAGAAGCGCAGUGACCACUGGUCCAGCUGCAGUGAGACGGGACGGCUGGAAAACUGGUCAACAUAACGAUUUGAUGACAAGUCUGCAAGACUGUGUGCUCACCGAGGAUCAAGAAUCUGAAAAUGUCAGCCAAACAUUAAGGCUCUUUUUUGACAAACUAUCAGAAUCCUCCAGGAGUAGUGUGAAAAGAUGUAAGGAGCGCUGCUUAGAGGAGGCUGUCCAGCUGCUGCGACAGAUUUCAGAGGCUCAGCUUCAUGUUUUAGAGGAGAGUCGUUUCCUGCUUCUUGUCAGACUCCUCAUCUCCAUGCAACUGCAGAUGCCCAACAUCUCCACUGCCUGUCGUAAAGUGGACCAGAUGUUGCAACAUUUGGCAAAGGUGGACCACCCGAUGGUUUUUAGAGAAACCCAUCACUGUUUGCAAUCUAUAGUCCAUACUGACCAGAUAUUGUCUUUUGAGGAUCUGCAGAGAGCUUGUAUGUUCCUGGAAGACAGCAUUGUUGGUCGUGAGGUGUGGCGAGAGUCGUUCCUGUCUUUUCUGAAUAAAAUGUCAGAGUUAUUCCCGGUUGUAUUGCAACAAGAAUCCCUGAGAGACGGGCCACUGUGUUACAUUGCUGUCAAGGUGUGUUUGCAAAUUUUCCAGCUUUUGUCCAGUGACGUGGCUCCUCUAGUGUGGGACAAGGAGCACAUGGGCACGGCAGUGCAGAACAUCCUGCAGGCUCUUAUGGACAUAAUACUUGGACAGUGUUGCAACAGGGACACUCGUCUUUUGGCCGGCACUGCUGUGGCCAUGCUGAUCAACACAGCAUCAGAGAGCAGAGCUGGAGAAGCUGCUGCCUGGAGUCUGCUACAGAUCUCUCACUUAGAGCCCUGGCUGCUGACUGUUGGGGCUCUCCAGGCACAGUGCUGCCCUACAGGGAAGGACGGAGUGGACAGGCUGGCUGUGAGCAGGGGCCUCCUGACAUGCUGUCGACCUCACAUCUUGCUCAGUUCACAUUUGGAUGCCACCGAAAUGUGCUUACUGCUGAAAGGUUUGUUUCCUCUGGUCUAUGCUUUGUGUGAGGAGAAGCUGGAUUGUCACUACUUUGCCUUUGAAGCAUUAACACUGUGGCUGAAGAAAGUUAAAGAAUGCCUGGCUGAUAUCUGGAAGAUGACGGGAGUUCGCCUUCUGUCUGUCGACCGCAGCCUACAGCAAGAACUUAUUCACAUCAUCUGGACCAAUGCAGAAAGUCCAGUGGAAGGUGUGACAGAGUUUGUGCGCAUUGCCUUUUGUCUGCUGCUGGACCUCUAUGAGAUGGACUGUGAGCAGUUUUGUGACACAGAGAAGACUCUUUAUUUUACUCUACUUGAGCGAAUUAUCAAACUACCUUGUGAAGCCAAAGGCAAAUAUCAUCGCCUUUCUGCCCUGCUGCCGUAUCUGGGUACUGACAUGGUGCUGGAUCAAUAUGCUGAAUUGCCCAAUCAUCUCCUGAAGUGCUUGUCAACCAAUCACCUGUCACCAUGUGGAUCGGAGCUUUACAAGUGUCUGAUCCAGCAGCAGAGACGAGAAUUAUGUGGAGGCUCACUGAAAUCCGCUUCCCACACUGAGCUGGAUCUGGCCAAUCAGUGGGCGAGACGUUGGCGGCCCGUCCUUUAUAAGGCGCUGACGUCUAAUGUGACUCUUCUACAAAACAAUAGCUCAACACACUUAUUACCCAGCACCUUUCACGUCUUCCCCUCUGCUGUGGAUCCUCUACUGGCCUCUCUGGACUCAUCAGCCCCUGGGCACCUCCACGCCUGGGCCUGCAUCAUGAGCGCCUAUCGAGCCACGACUGGAGCCUCUCCCUGGGCUCUGCAGGGUAGCUCAACCGUUGAAACCCUCCAACUUGCUCUAGGAUCCGUGGAUGACAAAGUCCGUCUCGCUGCUCUCAACCUACUCUGCUGCAGCCCAAAGACCAAAGACACUCCAACCGCUGAGGAGAUGUCACUAAUGAGGAUGUUUAUUCCUCAGAACCUGAACUGUGAGUCCUCACCUUUUCGCCAACAUUUUCAUGCCGGAGUAAAGAGGUUUCUGGUUCGUAUCAGAGACGGCUGCUUGGCACAUGUCAGUGGACUAAAGGGCAAAAAGAAAGGAGAUGGUAAAAACUCAGAGAGGGAACAGGACAUACUGGAGCAGGGAAUAGGGUUUGUGGAAUGGUUGGGCCAGAUCCCAUACAGCUAUCUGGCACCAGGACACAGUUAUCAGAGGAAGAAGACUGCGUUGCUGUUGCUGUCUGCCGUGCUGGAGACCUGCACAGACACCUGGAGGCCAGACAAAAAGAAGGGACAACCUCCAGCGAAUAUGGGGUCUCUUAUUAACUGCGCCAGACAAAGAGCACAGUGGGAUUUCGUCUGCAGGACAAAACAGCUGGUCCUCAUCAGCUGUUUAGAAGAUUCUACAAAUGAGAUUCGGGAGCUCUCAGCUGGGUUAUUGUUGAGGUUUUUCCCACCAAGUUUUCCAGAUGACAUCGCUGCAGUGCUGCUCACGCGAACCAAACAGCUUCUGUGCAGUCCUCGGGUGCAGGAGGCUCAGAUGGGAGCACUGAUGAUGAAAGUCCUCUUUCAGAAAUCACAAGACCAGCCUGCGGACAGCAAGUUGAGCAGUAACAUAACUGUCAGUGGUGGAAGUCACCCAAAGGCCUCCUGCAUGGUCAGAUUCCUGGUGAAGGAGCUGGAGGAGCACUAUCUGACAGCCAAGGCUGACAUGAUGCUUGCUGCCAGAACCAAGCCUAUACACGCUGUUCUAAGUGCCCUCCAGAAGUGUUUCCUUGAUGCCCCCUGCAGUGUGUCAGACACCCUUGACCACAGUUUGACCGUUGAGAUCCUGGUCCUGCUGGAGAAUAUGUCUCUGCUGCUGUUGGGUGUUCUGUAUGGAGACCGGGAUGCUUGUGCCACUGAAAAGGAUGCCCCCCCUUCUUUUUGUGAUAUGGGAAAUGCCAUCAGCUCUCUGAUAGCCCAAGAGUCUGGAGGAGGCCGGGGGGGUGAAGAGGAGUGUGUCCUGCUAUCUGAGGAGCACAGCCUCGUUCUCACCUGCUGCUGGGUCUCCCUCAAGGAAAUAGGAAUCUUCUUAGGCUCUCUGGUGGAGAAAGUUCUCACUGAAUCCAAAUCCAGCAAGUGCCUCUUAACAAAAGAGGAUCUAACAAGAGCAUCAAACGUGUUCAAAAACAUUCUUCUCAAAUGUCGUCACUGGGGGGCAGUAGAGGGAUGCUGUGCAGGUUUUACCAAGUUCUGUGCCUCUUUAUUGAGCAACAAUGAUCCAGAGCUUAGGGAUAUCCCGGCCCACAUGCUGAAAGAAGGAUUGCAGGUUGUGCGGUCCCCUCGAUCUACCUCUGUGACCCGGCGGGCUGCAGGGUUGCCUAUGCUCAUCCUGUGCGUUGUGUCAGCAGAAGAGGCCAGUAAAGCAAGACCACUGUUAGCCCACAGUAUGCAAAUCUUACUGGAGACAGCCAAAACCCCUCUACCCGAGGACUGGGACCAAACACUGGACCUGCCACAGGUGUGUGCGGUUCACACUCUGCAGGCCCUGGUUCGUGGUUCUGGUCUGGGAGUAGCUGUUCUUCACUUUGCUCCUGCUGUAGCCAUCUUGUCACUCUCUCUACUCAGUUCUCCCUGCUGGGCCAUGAGGAAUGCUGCUCUGCAACUUUACAGUUCUCUGUGCUCGCGAAUGCUCGGCCAGCGGCCCAGCAGUGAAGAGGGUGGCCCCACCCAGCACUGCAUGUCCCCGCUUUCCUUCUUCUUCCACUACCCUGGGCUGCAGCUCUUCCUCCUGGGCGAGCUGAGAGGGGCAGCACAAGCCCUCCAGGGCCCACCCAAUGAGGCCAAGCUACACCUCCAACCUUCGCUCUUCCCUGUCCUGACUUUGUUGGCACAACUCCAGCCUGGUGUCCAAGACUUAACAGAAACCUUGUCAGACUUCCUGCCUCCUUUACUCCAGCUGUCUGCCAGUCCUAUUUACAGUGUGAGAGUGAUGGCCUCGAAGGCUUUGGUUGCCAUGACUCCCCCCUCAGAGCACAUGAACAUCCUCAUUAAACUGACGGCUCAAUUGCCCAGUCCACAGGACCGCUGCUGUCACAACCGGCUCCACGGACAGCUGCUGCAGAUCAAAGCUACUCUAAAGAGAGCUCUCUGCACGGUCAGUGCCCCUUCAGCUGACUUGUGUGAGGUGCUGCGCUGGGUGGAUACCUCAAUGUGGCUGGUGACCGAAGCUCAACGCUGCCCCCUAGUGAGGGCGGCCUACCUCGGAGUGGCAGACUCACUCAGAAAAUUCUGCUGUGAGACCUACCUGUCAAAGCUCAGUGAUACACUUGUGCAUGACCUCCAGACACCUCAACAGGAGCUUCAGGUCGGGUUGCCAUCCUUCCAUCAACAAGCCAUUCACUUUCUGUGUGCAGAUUUAAAGUGGGCUUGUCAAAUCUGGGACAACUUCUCUGCAACGAGCCCAGAUCUCAGGCUCUCAUUGGUCACGUGGGUGGUGGAUGGGCGGGGUUCACAGCAGACCGGCCUGAAAGAGGUGAUCCAGAGGGUGUUGCAGUCAAACCUGAGGGAGGCAUUGUUGAGCCACAGUGUGGAGUACCGCAGGACCUACCUUGCAGCCCUGGUAGCAGUGAUGGCCGGAGGCGAUUCUACUUUACAUCAACCUCUUCCUCAGUCGACCCCACUGGAGGAGCCAAUUCUGUCUGAGUGUCUGGAUUUGUUGCUUGGGGACCUGGAGGACCAGCGAGGAGGGCCGGAGUUUCUGUCGCAGGCUCUGUAUGCUGCUAGUCUGCUGCUUUCCCAGGGUUCAGACACCAGUCUAAAGAUAUCCGUGUUGCAGCGCUGGUGUAGCGUUUUGGAAUGCCACCGGCCCCCAGACGCCCCCGAAGUGCUCAGGAUGGCGUGUGCUGAAGCUCUGUGUGUGGCUGGAGUUCCUCUAAUGAGCCGCAGCACUCUGCCUGCCAUCAUGACCAGGUCGAUCAACACAGGCCUUUACUUGCUGCAGGACCAAAGCCAGCAGGUGAGGAUGAAAGCGGCCUGUUUUACGUCCCUGCUGCACCAUGCGAGAAAAGGAGAAAGCCAGAGGAGCGUCUACCUGAUGCAGGUCAACCAGGCUCUGCCGCUCCUACUGGACCUGUUGCUGGAGGAAUUCUGGGAUACUCCUGGCACACUGGAGGUGCUGCUGUGUCACCUGCCUCAGCCUGACAUCAGAUCUGUGUUAAGAGAGGCCUCAGAGACAACGGGGUGUUCCAGCCUGUACGAACAGGAUGAGGCCAAUGUGUUUGCAGAGCCCGCUGUGAUGUGUGCACAUGUGUUGCCUUACCUGCUGCAGAUGGCUGAAAAAUCCUCUGAAUCCUCGGCUGUGGCACAGAGCCUGAGUGCAUGGGCAAAAGAAAGUGCUGCACAGGUGCUAGACAGCCUUCAAGUCUGCAAAGAGCUCCAGCCAGCUGAGACAUUGACCAUGGCCUGGCUGGCUCUCCUCAUGGAUCCUCGUUUCCACAGCACCCUGUGUGGCCUGUUCACCAUGGGUGCCUUUCUCCUCCGGCUGUUGAAAACAACUGAUGUGCAACACCUUUGUGAUCCUUCAGCGCUGCACAUGAGUUUACAGGAAGUUUGCAGUCUGCUCAGUCCAAACGGUGUCCACUUUCCCUCUGCUGUAACAGCUGCUGUGGCGGGAGAGCUGCCACAAUGACGGAACCAGGGCCUUUUUCCAUACACUCAGUGAGGAACAGCCUCUUGGUCGAUGACGCCCAGGAUGAAAUUAGCUGCGGUUAUUUCAAGAAUGCUUAUGACAUCUACAUGUGCAGCCUUAGUCUAGAGUCUCUGGAUUUUUGUAAGUGGCUGCAGUUAGAGAAGAGAUCCACUGGGCCAUGUUCCUCAUACAGUCUAGAGGCCUGUUUUUGCUACAGUUCUUCUAAAUAAGAGUUUAUAACAUUGCAUUUUCUAAAGCUGUAUUCCAUUUUUUUUUUUAUAAUAAAGCUUUUUUAUGCAAAGGUACGGCCACUGGAAUAGCUCCAGGUCUGCCUUUAUGAUCACCAUCACUUAAGCAAUAUUGCUUAUAUAUUCUUAUUCCCAGAGCAGCGCUCCUGUCCUUUGUUGUUCUAAGUUGUUUUCCAUGUCCAUACAUGUUUCCGGAGGUACAGUAGCAGCGCUCAGACUUAUGCAGUGAUGUAAUGUGAUAGCGUCUGCAGAAAUUGGCUGCUCGGUGCCCAGCAGGGGAAUAUAAUGACUGUUUUGAUGCUCCAUUAGAGACCUUCCGCCUGGAUAAGUGUCCAUUUUCCAACCACAUGAGGGCUGAAGAUGAUUGACUAGAUCAAAUAGAGAGCUAUCAGUUGCUUGGCAACAGACAACACACUAGAGCCGUCUUACAUCACCAGAUAGCCCACUGCUUUUAUGUGAGAUGUCUCAGUAUUAGGCAGACACUGACGUGAAUGACUUUGUACAUGCUAUGGUUGGCCAUGUUAGGCUACGUAUAAAUAAAUGUACAUGGAACUUUUUUUUCUUGGCAUAGUGUAUUGUCAGAGGUGAUUACAUGUUUAAAAUAAUACAGUAUCUAAACAUUUUAAUUUGAUCUAAUAGUAAUAGUAGUAACAGUUGACUGUAAACCAGCAUUUUUAUUACUUCAUUUAUUCAAGGUGGAGUACACUGAGA